AUGCCAAAUAGUAGUAAAUCAUCAUCCUCCACUCACUCGAUGGAUGCUCAAGAGAGGGCCCUUUUGAUAUGUGGACGUGCCAACGACCUUUUAAGCUUGAUCGGGGGAGGAAAUAACCAUCCAGAUAUCGAUGCUUGUCACAUCACUACAGAGGACCAUCAACACACAGAGCAUUGUAGUCAUCAUCAUCAAUCAACUAAUGAAGCCGUGGACCAUCAUCAGCACACAGAGCAUUGCAACCAUGAUGAUGACGACAAAAUAGAACAUUCAUCGCUGCAAAAGGAGGAUGAAGAUGAAGAGGAAGGCUUGGAAGCAGCUGACGACGAAGAUCAGAUCAUUGAUGAAGCCAAAUCAUUAUUUAAUCAAGCAUUGUCAAUCGAUCAAGGUUGUAUCGAUGCACUCAUUGGUCUCUCCUUCAUUGCUGGUCUGGACAACGAUGAUAAGCACUCUGAAGACCUCUUGAACAGGGCAGAGGCCCUUGCACCUGGCGAUCAACGAAUCCAUGCCCUCAGAGAUGCCCUUAAAGAAAAGAUUGAGAGGGCUGAGCGUUUACAGAGACAAUCUGAGGAGCAAGAAUCUGGCAAUGGUGGUGAUGAUCUUGAAGGUGUCCUAGAGGUGGGCAAUGUGAAGGAUGUUCCAUUCUUGUUCCACAAAGGAUCUGCAACCAAGAAAUUCAUUGUUACUCUGCGACAGAUAUUCGACAGAUUCGAUGCAAACAAGGACAACUCGCUGAGUCUAAAGGAGUUGCAAGCCUACUCGAUGGCAGUCAAUGGACAACAACUAGACAAACAGACUGUCCAGUUCUUGUUGCACACAUACAACUCUGACAAGAGAGGUCUAACAUUCACAGGUUUUGUCGAACUCUACAUUAAUCAAACAAUAGAGGACCCUUCUGAAACCUUUAAGGAUCUAUCUACGCUUGGAUUCGAUGCAACUCUGAGUAAGAAGUUG